UGUGUUAUAAUAUUGUUCGUUUGCGGAAGAUAGAUAUAUUGGAACAGGCUCAAAUUGUGCAUGCAGUUCUAUCUGUGCCCUGGAGUUGAGCAGUUCUAUCUGUGCCCUGGAGUUGAGCAGUUCUAUCUGUGCCCUGGAGUUGAGCAGUUCUAUCUGUGCCCUGGAGUUGAGCAGUUCUAUCUGUGCCCUGGAGUUGAGCAGUUCUAUCUGUGCCCUGGAGUUGAGCAGUUCUAUCUGUGCCCUGGAGUUGAGCAGUUCUAUCUGUGCCCUGGAGUUGAGCAGUUCUAUCUGUGCCCUGGAGUUGAGCAGUUCUCUUUGGAGAUGUUUACAAUGAUGCAAUGGUGAGGUGAUCUGUCUGCCAGAGUAGACCAUGAUGGCAGCUAAAGGUGACGAACAUACCAGAACUUUGCACUUCAAGAAUGAAAGCCACGAUGAUAGAAUCAACAAAAACUCAACUAAAUCCAUUAAAGGGGAUAUAAAUUACUCUGACACAAAACGCUUGAGUAGGUUGUUGUCAUGGCGCUGUGUUCUGUCCCACCCAAGACCCGUCACUGGUGAGGUGAAGUUUGAUGACUUAGUUCCGUUCUGUCUCAACCUGAAGAAGGUGGAUGGAAUUGUGAGCCCGGCGGCUGCAGCAGCGCUUGUGAACACCCGGGCAGAAUACCAGCUGUCUGUCAGUCUCUACGAUGUGGCGUUCCGGCAGUUCUGUGGCCGACAGUGGCUGGGACCCACAAUGGCAGGGAGAGGGGGAGCCACCAGUCUGCCCAAGUUACAAUAUAACCAGCACGUCUACUUUCACACAUGUAUCACCAACAUCAGCCUGGUUGCGGUGGUUGAGAUUAUCGCUCACACGUACGAUGACUCGGGACAGCGCCAGGCUGUGGCAUGUGGCUGGGGCUUCAUCAGGCCCUUCAAGAACAAUGAUGAGCUGCCAGACUCAGCACGGAACAUCCAGCUGACAACCCAGCAAAAGAUUGAGAUGUAUUACGGAUCACCCAGAGCCCUGCUGUUCAUGGACGACCCGCUGGAGAGCAACCAGUUGCUGAAGCCGAUCACAGGAUGUCAGCUGAGCUGCACUGUUGCGACCCACAAGUCCAUGCUGAGAGUCAUGAACCUGAUCCCAGAGAAUGUCAUUGUUAGCGGGAAGGAUGUCAUCCCUGGAGUGGUGGAUGACCAAACUGCAGGGGCAGACAAGUUGAAGCGGCCAAAGAUGUUGCGCACUGUGCCGAUGCAACUAGAGGGUGUGUUUGUGCACCUGCAGCCAAAUAUGGACAUGUUCGAGACAGAACUGUGUACCCUGCUGCAGGAUGAUCGGGCAAUCCGAGAGAAGAAGACGCUGGAAGAUGCACCCCCUGUCACAGUCAUAGAGAGGCGAUUACAGGUUGGUGUUCACAAUGGCUGGUGUUACGUGGAAAAGCCUCAGACCUUCCAUCUAGAGAGUCUCAGCAGCUCAUCACGGAAACCCACAGCCAGCCCUAGCUUCCGCAGCAGUAGCAUGUUUACACACAGAAGAACUGGCUCUACAGGGUCAAGGGUCAAGAUGUCCUUGAGCUUUGCCCGUGCACACACCCGAACUGUGUCUGUCAGAUGGGCAGCAGUUAGCCCAUUUCAACACCCUAACAAGCGAGACAUUACAAUUUCUCUAAUUGGAGGACCUCACCGAUCACCUGAUGAAGGCUUUGUCUACAAGAUGCCAUCAACAGACAUGCAGGACAAUGAAGCUGCUAGGUUAGCUGGAGGGUACAUCUUCCUGCAGUGGUCCACUGAUGCAAAGGACAUGUUGAUGCUGCCGACAGGUUCUCCACGAGGUAUGAGUCUUCCCCUAGGCUCCAUGCCAUCAGUCCGUAGCCAGGACAGUGGAGGAGAGCUGGACCUGGCCUGGAAGCCGCCCACAGGGAGAUCCAAUUCCCAGGGGUAUGCGAGCCAGACAGCAGGAUACCAGGUGUUGCCGGGGGGACCACGCUCCUUCCCACCCAGUGAACCGGGGGCUCAACAUGCAGCCCUGCCCAGAGAUCAUUUGCCUUAUACGGACCAGACACAUAUCUCCUUCCAGCCCCAGCCUCAGAUCCUACCCCAGCAGGCAGGGUACUCCCAUGCCCAGCCCCCUGGUAUGGGCGCUGUGUACUCCAACAUGGCCCUGGGUCCUGGGUCAAUAUACGGAAUGCCCAUGUACCCUACUAACAUCAUGCAGAUGACAGACCCUGGCUCCGUACGCUUCACUGCACCUGACCUCCACGAGCUACCAUUCACCCCAGUUCACGCUCCAGUCAUGGCCCAGGGACCCCAGCCUAGAGGGGGAGUUGGUUUGUCCAGAUCAGCCUAUGCUCGACUCUACUCUGCUGGCUUUCCACCUGUCGUGGACCGUAAUGGCGAUCCCCCAGAUGUUAUUGACCCUGGCUCGACAGUCACAGUCAAUGUGGCGAAGGAGCUGGCAGAUCCUUUGCAAUGUAACGAGAUUGUCUUCCAGUUCUUAGCUUUUGCCAAGUUUUCCAAUCAGCCCAAUGGUUCCUCAAAAUCUGCUGGCUCUGUGUUUUUCACAUUCCAGUUCUACAGGUUCCCACAGAUCACUUCAGAGAGAUUACUUCUGUCAAAGUCCCAGAAUGAUUUGACCUCAGAUCCACAGUCCAUGCCAUUCAUCCUUCACAAAAUGGAAAAGGAUGGGUCAGUUCAAGAGGGACAGCCACCAGGGUUUGAGGUAAAAUACUUCUUGGACCCAACAUUCCUGAAGCCAGGAGAAAGCAGUCUGUUUUACCAGCAUCUCUCUCGUCAGUCCCUCCACAUUGAUGUCUGGGAUGGAGACUCCCUCCUCCUCAUUGGAUCGUCGGCUCUUGACCUCAAGUACCUGUGCCGUAACGGGAAUGAAGCUGUCCAGACAACGUUUGAGCUGGACGUUGUGACAAGUGAGUACCACGAGGACACAAUGUCAGGUGACAACAAACACUCUGAAGUCCGUGCUGCCAGCGUGAAGCCUCUACGCCGCGGGAAGUUACAUCUGAGAAUGGCCAACAUCGGACAUCAAGGAGAAGUGAAGAGAAUAGGGCAUAGAACAGAAACUAUUCCGUUACCUAGCAAGACACAGGUGAUUAUCUCCCAGACAGCAGGGAAUUCCUCCUACAAGGGUGGGAGUCUGAUUAGAGGAGAGAAUGGUUUGAAGAAGCUGGGCGUCUCUAGAGCUCAGCCACUGACAGAUAAUCGUGAAGUGGCCUCCAUGAUGUUCUCCAAGGAAAGACUGAUUGACAAGGAAGAAACGCAAAGGGGGGGCGACUCUGAGAGGCAAAGGAAGCUUUCACGGAUGAACGCAGUCCGCCAGCAAAGUGGAGAGCAGGAGAAUGAAAAAACAACAACCAUUAUAGGUUAUCGAAAGGAAAAGGCAGAGAGGACGAGAGACAUAAAGACGAUGGAGAUCUACCGAAUGCAGACCAAGCGAGAAGGCAUCCUCACCAUGCUCAGCAACACCAUCACCACCGAACACACCAUUUAUCCUACCUUUGCCACCGCCGAAUUCUUUGAGUUCGUCCUGAAGAACCCCUACAACGUCCAGCAGUCCAUUUCAAUGGAAUGUUCUGACCCAGCUGUUGGAGUGAUCACAGAUGCACGGGAGUGGCGGCACUUCAAGCAGAUAAAUAACAUCAACACACAUGUGGAGGAGGGCAUGUUCAGCAAGGAGAGCAAAUCCAAUGGGCCAGAGAUCUUCCUGCGGCCAAAGGAAACAGUCAACAUACCACUCAAGUAUCAGAGCUUCCAUGCCGACCAAUCUGUUCAACCACAGGGCCCUGUUAACCCCUUCCGGAAGAAGGAGGUCAGCCACAAGCAGGGGCAGGAGGAAAGCAACAUCCUCCACAGUCGCAGUGUGCGGAUUAUUUUCAAAUCAGAGGAUGGAAAACCUAUUGCUGUCUUGCACCUAAAGGUGGAACCUCAGCCUCAUGUUGUUGACCAGACAUUCCGCUUCUUCCACCCGGAACAGUCCUUCCUGAAGAAAUCCAUCCGACUGCAGGAUCUCCAUGCCCUGCCAGCCAAUCAGAUAGGGGGGAGUGGUGUCAGCAAGGUGUAUGUCCGCUGCAGUGACACCAACGUGGUCUGCGACAGUCGUGCUACACAGCCAGGGGAACCACAUGAUGUGUUUGUCAAGUGUCCCUUAGGUCCAUCGCCCCAGGUGAAGCGCUUCCACAUGGCAGUCUACAUCGACCCCUACCUGUCCCGACCCACCCAGGUGUGGCAGUUCUUCGUGCACGCCCUGCAGAGAGUGGACGUGUCCUGUAUCGAUGGCCAGACCAGCAGAUUUGCCCUCAUCCUCAGGGGGACUCAGUCCAACCGCCUGUGUUGCUGUUUCUCAUCUCACCCAAAUGAAAUGCAACUGUCUCCCGAUGACCAGUUCCUGUUAACUGCUGGAGCUGUUCAUGAACUUAAUGUUGCUGUCCGCCCCAUGAAGACUGGCAACAGGUUCUACUAUCUAAAUGUGGUAGAUAUCGAGUACCACCAACUUAUUCGUACCUGGCUUAUCUGUGUCAACUGUCGGGCACCAAUGGUUUCACGGGCUUUUGAGCUUUCACUGCCUGUGGGUGGAGGCAAGGGUUGCAGCAAGCGGAUCAGCUACACCAACCCAUACGCGGCCCAGAAGGAGUUCCAUCUCAGCUGUGACCGUGACGACUUGCUCCAAUUCAAGGAGAGCAAGCUGACCAUCAACGGUGGGGAGCAGCACGUGAUUGGGCUUCGGUUCAACCCUGUUUCCCAGCCUGGCAUUGCUGAAAUAAUGGUCUUCAUCAAUGAUGAGGACGAUAAGAAUGAAGAGACCUUCAGAAUCACUGCCAACUAUAAGUAUCCAGGUGCAUAGGAAAUUAGUGUAUCUCUUAGAGAAUGUACAUUUAAUGUAGAACACUUAUGUUGUAUCUUCCCGAACAGAACUAAGUUUUGUCGACUCCACUGAAGACCAGCAAGGGGAGAAAGCCAGGAGAUAAAUUCUUCCUGGCUACGCUGAGUCUGUUGAACACCAUUUGAGCAGCUCCACAUGCCAGUGAGUGUCUGUUCAGGAAGAGGGGGUAGUUCUGUGUAGAGAGUGUCAAAACAGUCACAUGGUGCCUCGAUUCAUGUCUCCUAGAUCAGGAUCUGUGUUACAUGUCGUCCUCUGAGUCCUCAUUGUAGACAUUUACAUCAACUUGACUACACAAGCAAAUGUAUUUAGGGCUGUUUGUCUUUGAUACUUUGCCUAUUUUAAACUUUAUUGUUAUGAUAUUGAUAGCGUUCUGUGAUAUUACGUGCAUUGUAUGUCAAUGCAUAGUCCAAGGAAUCUUAAAUCUUGUCCGUCCUCUCUCGUUUCAUAGUGUUGUAAUUCUGUAAAUGUAUUGUGACAGCACACAGCUGUAUACAGAAGGUAUAGUGUCCUACACACUGUAUACACGUCAUACACACUGUAUACACGUCAUACACACUGUAUACACGUCAUACACACUCUGUACACGUCAUACAGACUACAUACAUGUCAUGUACACUAUACAUGUCAUACACAUCAUAUACACAGUAUACAUGUCAUACACACUGUAGGGGCAGCGGGGUAGCCUGAUGGUUAAAGCGUUCGCCCGUCACGCCGAAGACCCGGGUUCGAUUCCCCACAUGGGUACAAUGUGUGAAGCUCAUUUCUGGUGUCGCCCGCUGUGAUAUUGCUGGAAUAUUGCUAAAAGCGGCGUUAAACCAAACUCACUCACUCACUCACUCAUACACACUGUAUACACAUCAUGCACACGUUAUACACAUACAAACUGUAUACACAUCAUACACACUAUACAUUAUACAAACUGUAUACAUGUCAUACACACUUUAUACAUUAUACAAACUAUACAUGUCAUACACACUUUAUACAUGUCAUACACACUAUACACUUCAUACACACUGUGCAUGUCAUACAAUUGCUGUACAUAAAGUGUACACAUCAUAUAUUACAUAUCAUACACUCUGUGUACGCAUCAUACACACUACAUACACGUCAUAUACGCUGUUAUUUUGGCUAAAUAAACUAUUUAUUCCCA